CGGAAGCGGGCCAAGAUGGCGGCGGCCAGGUGUUGGAGGCUUGUGCUCCGCAGUCCGGGGCUGUCAUUGCACACCGCGGCCGGGGCCGCUGUCGCGGCUCCAGAAGUGACCGGCCCAGAUGUCGCGGCGGCCGCUGUCGCGCGGUACCCGCCGAUUGUGGCCUCCCUGAAGGCGAAAAGCCAGGCGGCACGGCAGCGGCGAGUGGAGCGGUGGCAGGCGAUGGUGCACGCGGCCGAGUCGGUGGACGAGAAGCUGCGAAUCCUCACGAAGAUGCAGUUCAUGAAGUACGUAGUUUACCCGCAGACCUUCGCCCUGAACGCCGACCGCUGGUACCAGGGCUUCACCAAGACCGUAUUCCUGUCGGGCCUGCCGCCGCCGCCGCCCGCCGAGCCCGCGCCCGCGCCCGCGCCGACCCUGGACCUGGCGGCCCUGCGCGCCGCCGCGUGUGACUGCCUUCUGCAGGAGCACUUCUUCCUGCGGCGCAAGGGGCGCGCGCCCCUCUACCAGGAACGGGAGGCCAUCGCCUCGCCCUUCCUGGAUCAGCUGGUGGCCGCCCUCAUGGGCCUGCUCAGCGUGCACAAUCCGGUCCUGGCUGCCGCCGCCGCCCUCGAUUGUAAACGCCCAGUUGACUUUUACUGGCUGCGUGGUGAAGAAAUUAUUCCUCGUGGUCAUCGGAAAGGUCGGGUUGAUGCUUUGCGAUACCAAAUAAAUGAUAAACCACACAACCAGAUUCGAAUAUCCAAACAACUGCCAGAGUUUGUGCCGCUGGAUUAUUCUGUACCUGUAGAAAUCCCUGUUAUGAAUUGUAAGCCAGACAAACUUCCAUUAUUCAAACGGCAGUAUGAAAAUACCGUAUUUAUUGGCUCAAAGACAGCAGAUCCAUACUGUUAUGGACAUACCCAGUUUCAUCUGUUACCUGACAAAUUAAAAAGGGAAAGGCUUUUGAAAAAAAACUGUGCAGAUCAGAUAGAAGUUGUUUUUAGAGCUAAUGCUAUUGCAAGCCUUUUUGCUUGGACUGGAGCGCAAGCUAUGUAUCAAGCACAACUCUCUUCUACAGGAUUCUGGAGCGAAGCAGAUGUUACUCGACCUUUUGUCUCCCAGGGCGUCAUCACAGAUGGAAAAUACUUUUCAUUUUUCUGCUACCAGUUAAAUACUUUGGCACUGACUGCACAGGCUGAUCAAAAUAACCCUCGUAAAAAUAUAUGUUGGGGGACACAGAGUAAGCCUCUUUAUGAAACAAUCGAAGAUAAUAAUGUGAAAGGUUUUAAUGAUGAUGUUCUACUUCAGUUGGUUCACUUGCUACUGAAUAGACCAAAAGAAGACAAAUCACAGCUGUCGGAAAACUAAGAAAAAAUAUUUGAUUCAGGACUUUUGGAAUACUUAAAUUUUACUGAAGGAGCAAUAAAAGGAUUUUUGAUGAUGAGA